UGCCAGCCUCGAGCAGCCGAUGUAAUUGGCAUGGUUUAAUUGGUGGCAGGUGCUUGGAACACUCGCACCUGACGUCUAACAUUUAUUUCCGAAGUCGCCGCCUAAUUUCGCUUCCACUUUUAUUAACGACGUCCAUUAAUUUACUGCAACGAAAAUGCUGUGAAACAUCAACAAAGGUUGCCUGACCAACUGGAAGAAAUUUGGCCGUCUUCAUCCUGUUAUUGUAAUAGUUCCAUUUAUUCCAUUUUGUUUUAUUUUCCCAUUUUAUAUUGUUUUUUUAAUGACCAUUGUUCUGUCUUCCAACUCAUCGUCUUGGAAACGAGCCAUCACAUCUCACUGAUCUCCCUCCGUAUUGCGCUCUUUGAUCAAUUCUACAAAACCCAUCAUGCAGAGCCUUUACCGUUCUUUCAUGAAAUCAUUCAUCAUGAUCAUCUUCACGGUGACCCUACUGCUAUUGAUUUUCGUUCUGGGUCCAAUGAGUGCUUUCUACAGCAAGACAAGAGUGUCAACGCAGACGACUCCCACCAAGAAGACCUCAAAAUCAAAUCUCACCAACGGCACCCGUUUUAGACAUAAUUUCACCAAAAGCUUCCACGAAAUAUUGCAUUUGACUCUGAAAGAUGCCAUCACUCAACCGUCAGUGGUAAACAGUUCCAAGUCCCACGGAACGCAUCUCGUAACUUCUCCAAAAGACAAUCUACAGAACUAUGGCAUUGCUCAAACUGUUGAUUACAAUCUCUUCAAAGAGGACAUCGAAUGCAGUAAGGCCUAUGCCAAAAGCCUGACAAGGGUCGGCCUCCUCACGAGAAAAGAGUGUCAUAACAUUUUGGAUGGUCUUGAAAUGAUUGGAAUGGAGUGGGAAAACGGGACGUUUGACUUGAAGCCGGAUGAUAAAGAUGUCCAUGCUGCUAAUGAACGGCGCCUGGCAGAGUUGAUUGGUUCAGCGGCAAAUAAGUUAAAUGCUGGCUGGGAUCGCAAUGACCAGUUAGCGACAAGUCUUCGACUGUGGCAGAAAAAUGCCAUCAGCGUUCAUAAGAGUGAUCUGAUUGAGCUUUUGGGUGUCAUCACUGAGCGGGCAGAGAAGGAGCUUGGUGUUCUCAUGGCUGGCUACACCGUGAUGCAGCAAGCGCGACCAAUCAGAUGGAGUCACUGGCUGCUUAGCUUCGGUUGGAAAAUCAAAAGAGAUAUUGAAAGACUUAUGGAUCUACUUUCACGAGUUGACUUGCUGCCACUUGGAAGCGGGGCACUAGCAGGAAACCCUUUUGGGGUUGACCGAAUGUUUUUGGCCAAAGAGCUCGGGUUUGCUGACAUCAUAGAAAACAGCAUUGACGCUGUCAACGACCAAGACAUCAUCUUUGAAUAUGUUGCCUGGGCGUCAAUCAUGGCAGCUCACUUCCACAAUUUGGCUAAUGACCUUAUUUUAUACAGUACGAAAGAUUUCGGGUUUGUUGAACUUUCCCAUCCACUACACAAUGUUCAAAAUAACGCCAGUAGCUUUUCGAACGAGAAUGCUCGCAGCUUGGAAGAAAUCCGUGGUAAAACCAAUCACAUCUUUGGUGAAUACACCGACAUGUUGAGUGUCUUGAAGGAAUUCUCAAACCUACACAACAAUGAUUUCUUAUCAAAUGCCAAAGGAAUGUUUGAUAUUUACAAGACAAUUGUGAACGCUUUACCAAUAACCAGAGCGAUCCUCUCUUCUUUGAAAAUAAACCCAGACAAAAUGGAAGCUUCCCUAAGUGAAGAUAUGUUAUUGCCAGACUUGGAAUAUUACAUGGUACGAAAGGGCCUACCUGCUGACAAGGCGCACAGCCUGGUUGGAAUGUGUGUCAGACUGUCACAGAAAAAGGGGGUCACUUUUUCGAAACUCUCUCUGGCUGAGCUUAGAUCUGUUAGUCCUGUUUUUGACCUCGAUGUAAAAUCUGUAUGGAAUUAUAACAACAGCGUAGAGCAAUACACACUUCCGGGAGGGACAAGUCACGCUAGUGUACAGCUUCAAAUAGAUCAGUUGAAGAAAUGGAUGUCGUUCCAAAGAUAAUCAAUCUGCAGAUCAAUAACCAAUCAUUGGAAUGCUCACACCUACCAACACCUUUCACCGUUUGUUAGAAAAAACUUUGGACUUUAUAAGAAUCUCUGACAAAUUAAUUUAUUUAUUUAUUGUGUUCACUUGUUAUAGACUGGGUUUUCUUGUUCGUGUUUUUUGGAGAAUAACUUGUAUGUGUGUGUGUGUGUGUGUUUAUGUGUGCUUCUGUGUAUAUGUAUUUGAAUGUCUGUGUGU